CGCAGCGGCCCGGCCCCGCGGCCCCGUGAUGGGCUCCUGCGUGUCGCGAGAUCUCUUCACAAGUGCCCACAAGGACUGCCCCAUGCCCCAGGGCACGGAAACCCUUGACCCACACCUGUGCGAGGGCCGCCCGCCCGCCACUGCUCCAGACCAUGUUGCUGGCAAGGACAAACAGAUGGAUUUCUGUUGGGAUCCUUGGCAGAGGUGCUUCCAGACCACCAAUGGCCACCUGUGCCACUCCAGAUCCUGCGCCAGCAACUACAACGUGGCUGCCCUGGCCACCUCGUCUCUCGUGGGGGUGGUGCAGAGCAUCAAGGACCACAUGACCAAGCCCACGGCCAUGGCACGGGGCCGUGUGGCCCACCUCAUCGAGUGGAAGGGCUGGAGCGCCCAGCGAUCGGGCUGGGAGCUGUCCCCGGCCGAGGACGAGCGCUACCACUGCCUCCCAGAUGAGCUGCGGGAGGCCCGCUUUGCAGCAGGGGUCGCCGAGCAGUUUGCCAUCACAGAGGCCACGCUGAGCGCCUGGUCCUCGCUGGACGGUGAGGAGCUGCACCUCGGGACCAGCCCCCAGGACACAGAUCAGCUCCAGGGCCUGCAGGACAGCUUCCUGAGCGGCCCCUCACGGGAUGACAGCCUCCUGGCCUUCUCCUCGCCCGACUCCCCCGAUGAGUGGCCCUCCCCCUCCCCCCUCCCUCCUGCCAGCCCCCAGCACCCCAGCCCUGAGCAGCAGCAUCGGCAGCGGCUGCCCGGGGACCUGGGGCCCAUGGCGGGGGGCUGCCUGCAGGGGUCGCUCCCCUCGGUGGACAGCGGCUCCCUCUCCGAAGAGGAAGAUGAGGUUUUCUAUAACUGAGGUGGGGGCUGCAUGGGGCCAGCACCUGCCCACACCGUGACCUUGGCCAGUCCAUAGCCCAGGCACAUCUGGACUCUGGGAACGCCGCUGGGCAUCUCUGGACCACUUGGGGCAGGCUCAGGGAGGAAGCGGCAGGGAUGAGGGCUGGCGCUCCUGUGGGUCACUCUGUGCUUUGGUGGACCCGGCCAUCAGAGGCAGCCUGAGCCCUCUUCGUCUUUCCCAGGCUCAGGUGGCACGGCCCCUUGCCCCUUGUCUUCAGGGAGCUCAAGGACACCGACAGAUGCUGGGGCCAUGGCCCCCAGAGGCGCUGCUGCCAGUAUCCCAGGCCGAUGGCCUCGUGGGGACAGAGAGACCCAAUAGGAGUGGGGCUGGGGACCCUGCCUUGACCCUGGGCUCAGUCCCCGCCCUGUGCACCUGCUCCCUGGGGAAGAUGAGGUCACCUCCCUGGUGGCACAGCCCCUACUCGUUGGCACCUUCAGAGUCUCUGUGUCUGGAGUGUCCACCUGGCUCUCCCCGCCCCAAACCUGCUCCCUUGGUGCCCCCACUGCCACCCCCGUCGUCCUCACGG